AUGAACAUGCCCAGUCUUAUCCUCCCACCAGGGUUCAGGUUUCAUCCUACGGAUGAGGAGCUCAUCAACCAUUAUCUGAAAAAGAAAGUCUCUUCUUCUUCUAAUCCAGAACUUUCUAUAAUAGCAAAUAUCAAUAUCUACAAGUUCAAUCCUUGGGAACUUCCUGGAAAGGCCCUGUUUGGGGAAAAUGAGUGGUUUUUCUUCAGUCCAAGAGAUAGGAAAUAUCCAAAUGGUGCUCGCCCAAAUAGAACAGCUGCAUCUGGUUACUGGAAAGCGACAGGAACUGAUAAACCAAUACUCACCUCCAAUGGAUCACAAUGUCUUGGGGUGAAGAAAGCACUUGUAUUCUACAAAGGCCGAGCUCCUAACGGCAUAAAAACCAAUUGGACGAUGCAUGAGUACAGGCUUCUUAAUGAUAAUCAUCAGCUGCACAAGCUAAGAGGAUCAAUGAGAUUGGAUGAUUGGGUUUUAUGUCGAAUUCGCUGGAAAUGCAACAGCUUGAUACAAAAAGAGGAAACUUAUGAAAGCAGCUGUGGCAGCUCUCUUCCAUUUUCUCUAGGGUGCUUACAAGGUCAAGAGGCAAUGAAAAGUAACAUUACACUUAAAGACUAUGACUAUGAUUUUCAAGCUUUUCUUAAUCCUCUAGAAAGUGAAGAGACGGACGGACAAGCUGAAUUCCAAGAAGGAUCUCCUGGGAACUCAUUUUCAGCUGUGGAUUCUGGUUUUCAACAAGCGCCAACAGUUUCCUCCCUAAAAGAGGCACUUGAGUCCAUCAAGAAGGUGCUCUUUGUCGGAGCAUUCGAGGAGCUGGUGCCAGUACCACCAAAAAAGAGGCUGCAUGUGUCCACUUCAAAUAAUGCAGAAAAUGCAAGUAUUUUUCAAGUCUCUUCUCCUACAAUUUCACCAUCAUAUCCGCAGAGCUUCUCAUCAGGGUUCAUGUUCUAA